AACUUAUCACCCCCACGAAUUUGUCAUUCUCCUCCCUUUCCCUUCUAUUUAUACUCAACCUUGCUUUACAAGCUCAACAACACGAAAACAGAAGAAAAGAUGAAGCUGGCAGGAAAGGUGGCGAUCGUCACCGGCGGAGCGAGCGGGAUCGGCGAGGAAACCGCCCGCCGCUUCGCCAAACAGGGCGCCCGUGCGGUCGUAAUCGCCGACGUCCAAGACGAACUUGGCCGCGAAGUUGCCUCAUCAAUCUGCCGCCCCAUCACCAAAUCCGUGUACGUCCACUGCGACGUGACCCAAGAGGACCAGGUCAAAUCCCUCGUUCACUCCACCGUGGCAGCGUUCGGCCAGCUGGACGUCAUGUUCAGCAACGCCGGCAUCGCCACGUCAUCCCCCUGCCCGGCCCAGACCGUGCUGGGCCUGGACCUGGAGGCAAUGGACCGGGUUUUGGCGGUCAACGUGAGGGGGACCGCGGCGUGUGUGAAGCACGCGGCGAGGGCGAUGGUGGAAGGGCGCGUGAGGGGUGGGAGCAUCGUGUGUACAGCAAGCGUGGCCGGGUCCACCGGCGGGAGAGGGAUGGUGGAUUAUUACCUGUCGAAGCACGCGGUGGUCGGGCUGGUGAGGUCGGCGAGCGUGCAGCUUGGGGAGCACGGGAUCAGGGUGAAUUGUGUGUCGCCGUACGUGGUGGCGACGCCGAUGGCGUUGCGAGGGUUUGGAGGGGAGAAGGAUGCGGAGUGGGUGGAGAGUACGGUCGGGGUGAAUAUGAGCUUGAAAGGUGUGGCGCUGAGGGCGGGACACGUGGCGGAUGCGGUGGUUUUCUUGGCUUCGGCGGAGUCGGAGCUUGUUACGGGGCUUGAUCUCGUGGUUGACGGUGGGUAUAAAGGUCACCGUCGGUGA